GCUGCUUUUGUUCCCAACCACAAAAUUCUCCGGAAUUGUUUUCAGAGCCAUCUCAGCCUUAUAAAAGGGGAUCAGGCAGGAGGAGUUUGGGAGAAACCUGUGAAGGGCCUGAUUUGCAGCAUCAUGAUGGGCCUCUCCGUGGCCUCUGCUGUGAUCCUGGCGUCCCUCUUGAGUCUCCACCUUGGAACUGCCAUAAGUAGGACUGACAUAGCCAAGACAUGCUGCUUCCAACACAGCCACAAGUCCCUUCCCUGGACCCGGGUGCAAAGCUAUGAAUUCACCAGUAACAGCUGCUCCCAGCAGGCUGUAAUAUUCACCACCAAAAGAGGCAAGAAAGUCUGUGCCAAUCCAAAGAAAAAAUGGGUGCAAAGAUACAUUUUUUUAUUGAAAACUCAGAAACAAUUGUGACUCAGCUGAAUUUUCAUCCGAGGACGCCUGGAUCCGGCUCUUAACUCUGCAGCCUGCAGGAUCUUUUCCGAAGCCUCCAUGGGCCUGCUGGGGAGGAGAGGGUGUUUUCUCCCAGAAAUAUUUUAAUAAAGGUUGUUCAUAGAGUUGA